UCAGCUCAUGCACUCAUAAGGUAUUUUAGAUGUUCUGAGGGUUAGGUAGUAAAAGCAGUAUGUGCAGCUCAUCUUCCUGUCUUUCAGUGUAGGUUACUGAGUACUGACUGACUACUACUCACUGUCUGUGAUGAUGGACCAGUGGAAACUCUGGCUUGUUCCUCUUCUGCCACUGUGUGUGUGUUUUGACCAUGAAGUGACUCGUGUGAGAACCACUGUGAGAGAAGAACCAUAUGUUGCUCCACUCUGCAGCACUGACUCACUGCGUAAGGACUCGGUGAUACUCUGUAGGAUCAGCAAAGAAAUGAAAAGGGGAGAAGACUGCACUAUGGCAUAUCGACAGGGAAAAGAAUUACAGUCAGAUUGUGACUCGAGGUACACUGUUAUAACAUUGAAUCAGACUGUAUAUCUCCACCUGGCCAGUUUAACAGCAGUGGAUAGUGGGAACUACACCUGUCGAUGUCCAUUUCCUGAUGGGAAAGAUACUCUCUUUCUCCAUAUGACUGUGGAAGAACCCAGCAGUUCUUCGAGGAUACUGCGCACAACUACCAUUUUGAUUGGCUGUGCAUUUAUCAUUGGGACUGGACUUAUCCUUGGGCAUAAGCUGAGAAAAAAAUAUUUCAGAGACAACACAAGGUCAGGAGGAUCUGGGUUUCCUACCCGUGCAACCCCCUUCUCAUUGAACCAAGAUGACCCAGAUGAGUCCUACACGAGCCUUCAGCAGCCAGCAGGUGACCUCUACCAAACUGUCUUCUCAGUGCACCAACAACAUGACAAGUGGGAUGAGCAGGAAAUAGAUGAAAGAGAAACUGAUCAAAACAUCUAUCAAAACGUUUGACCAAAAACCAAGAUAGCAUGGAUGUUUAACUGUACAUAUAAUAUGUUGACAUUUUUGAGAGUAUUAUCCUACAAUUACAUCCUUGUUUUAAACAAACCAAAAACUCAUUCCUGAAAUGUGUUGAUUGG